AUGGCGGGUUCGAAUGAUAUCCAUAAAGUAAGGCGUAGGCCAAAAUUUACAAAUGGCGAAUUAGAAGAUGAGAAGGUUCAUAAAUCACGACCGGGUCGCCAUGAAGGGGAAGUCGUCACAUCAGUUGAGCCUGAUAUCUCUGAAGUGCGCAGGAAGCGUCUAGAAAAACUCGAAGGGAAUUCGACAAAUCGAUCGACCCGCAAUAGUGCAGCUACCGAAAAUAUGCCCGCAGAACCGAGUAUGACGGUCGAUGCGACAAAGUCGUCAUCGAGUCAUCGACGAAGAAGGCGACAUCAUACUUCUGAAGACGGUGCAGGACAUCAUUCACGAUCGAAGACAAAUGAAAGAGAAGAGAAACCGAGAAGCGAUUAUGUUUAUGCCGCCACGCGGGAAGGUGAUAGUAAAACCAAGCCACAUGGGAUAUCUGUAACGGAAAGGAGACGCCGGGAAGAAGAGGAUGACUCUAGUGAUGAAUCUGAAGACGAGGACAAAUCUCCAUUAGAAUCCAUGGACUCAAAAUUGAAGAAAAAGACCAAGGAUGUGGUUAGGGAGCAGCCAAAAAGGUCAAAUUCGACGAGUAGUAGGAUGAAGAAAGAGGAUAAAGACAAACUUUCUACAAAGGGCUCAGCAGACACUGGAACGUUAGGAUCAAAAAGUACAUCGCGCAAACCUAAAGUCACUACCGGUGAUUCCGUCUCACGCCCUCCACUUUCGAGGAGCGCGACGACUUGGAUUACCACAGAACCUCGGCCGGCAUUGAGAAGAAAUAGUAUGACCGAUAAGCCAAAAGUACCUCCAUCUAUAGCGAAUACAAGCACCUCACAUACUUCACAACGCCGCAGUAGCUUUCUAGGAAGUUUCUUCUCGUCUGGACCUCCUCCCCCUCCUCCCCCUCCUCCUGAACCGGAAAAGCUUGUUGAAUGCCUAACAUGUCUAUCUGAUGAUAUCCCCAAGUCCAAAUGUGCCAAAUUACGAUGUGGUCAUCGGAUGUGUCAUUCCUGCCUAAGACGAAUAUUUAAACUCUCAGUUAAAGAUCCGGCACAUAUGCCACCGAAGUGUUGUACAGCCGAACAUAUCCCAUUGAAACAUGUCGAAAAAUUAUUUGAUAUCCCGUUCAAGAAACUUUGGAAUAAGAAAUAUCACGAAUACACUACGAAGAAUCGAAUAUACUGUCCAGCGAAGCGAUGUGGAGAAUGGAUCAAGCCCGAGAAUAUUCACAAGGAAAAUGGAAGGAAAUAUGGGAUUUGUGGGAGUUGUAAGACGAAAGUCUGCGCAUUGUGUAAUGGGAAAUGGCAUGGAUCGAAAGAGUGCCCGAAAGAUGAGGAAACAAAUAAAUUACUUGAAACUGCGAAACAAGCUGGAUGGCAACGAUGUUAUAAUUGUAGGACUAUGGUUGAGUUGAAGGAAGGGUGUAACCAUAUGACUUGUCAUUGCACUGCACAAUUUUGUAUGAUCUGCGGAUUGAAAUGGAAGUCAUGCCAUUGUCCAUGGUUUAACUACGAACCCCUUGAAGCCGAUCAAUUAAAUGACAUGCAGGUUCCUCAACCCGUUGCAGGCAGGAACCCGACACCACCUGUGCGAGGCGCUCGAGAUAGAGCAAGAAGACAACCACCUAUCGAUUUCGACGAAGAGAUCAAUCAAAGGCGACGCCAAGAACGCGAAGAUGAAAGACUAGCUCGACAGCUACAAAAUUGGGGUUUUGAGGAUACGCCAAGAAAUGACCGGGAUACAGAUUAUAAUGGUGGGAUUGGCGAUGUUGAGGGGGUCGGCAACGGAGCAGGCCAUUUCAUGAAUCAAGAUUAUAUCCGCGAAGCUAGCAAUGUUCUAGCUCAUCCUGGUGGGGUAAUGAACUUUGGGCUUGGAGUUACCAAUUUUCUUACUGGGGUUUUGAGGCCACGGGGGGCGAGUGUGGCAAAUCCAACCGUGGGUGAAAUGUCCGCAGUUCCUCCAGUGGCUCCUAUGGACGAGCCUCAACCUAGUGUACCAGGUCUUAUAAGAAGACACACCACUCGAGAUGCUACAAGAGCUAAUGGUCCUACACGGAGAGCAUCGGAUAUUGUGGUGCCAAGGAGGACGAGAACUGAUUAUGCAGUCGAAGCAGCUAUUCAUGCGCCGGAUUCGAGGAGUCCUAGUUCUACAUCCAAAACAAAGAAGGAAAAGGAGAAGAAGACGAAGUCAUCAAUACUUGCUGGGCUUGGGAGUGGAAAGAACAGAGUGGAUGCAUGGAGGAGUUAUGUUGCACCUGGAGCUCCACCUGCAGAACCAGUAUCUUGA